CCGGCCGCGGAGUCAAGGGGACGCGGCGGACGGUUGGUGGAGCUGAGGCGGGAGCUCGGUUGCUUCGGGGCGGGCUUCGGGCUGGAGCCGCGAUGUGGCCGUUGUGACAGAGCGGCGGCAACGGCGAGGGCGGGGGGAGCGCCAUGAACCUGAGGGGCCUGUUUCAAGAUUUCAAUCCGAGCAAAUUUCUUAUUUAUGCCUGCCUGCUGCUGUUCUCAAUUCUGCUUUCUCUCCGGUUGGAUGACAAGAUUGAGUGGAGCUACUGGGCAGUGUUUGCUCCAAUAUGGCUGUGGAAAUUAAUGGUUAUUGUGGGUGCCUCAGUCGGAACUGGCGUAUGGGCCCGAAACCCACAAUAUCGAGCAGAAGGGGAAACAUGUGUGGAGUUCAAAGCCAUGUUAAUUGCUGUCGGUAUCCACCUUCUUCUGCUGAUGUUUGAAGUUCUGGUCUGUGAUGGAAUCGAGAGAGGAACCCGUUUCUGGCUACUGGUCUUCAUGCCCCUCUUCUUUGUAUCUCCAGUAUCAGUGGCUGCUUGCGUGUGGGGCUUCCGGCAUGACAGAUCUCUGGAGCUGGAAAUCCUGUGUUCCGUCAAUAUUCUCCAGUUCAUAUUUAUUGCACUCCGAUUGGAUGAAAUUAUCAAGUGGCCAUGGCUUGUGGUUUGUGUCCCUCUGUGGAUCCUGAUGUCUUUUCUCUGUUUGGUUGUGCUGUAUUACAUUGUCUGGUCUGUCUUAUUCUUACGCUCGAUGGAUGUGAUUGCUGAACAAAGAAGAACGCACAUUACUAUGGCAGUCAGCUGGAUGACCAUCGUGGUUCCGUUACUCACCUUUGAGAUCCUGCUUGUGCACCGACUGGAUGGACAUAACACCUUCUCCUACAUACCCAUAUUUGUCCCGCUUUGGCUUUCGCUGAUCACUUUAAUGGCAACCACAUUCGGACAGAAAGGGGGCAAUCAUUGGUGGUUUGGAAUUCGCAAAGACUUCUGCCAGUUUCUCCUUGAGAUCUUCCCAUUCCUGAGGGAGUAUGGCAACAUUUCUUACGAUUUACAUCACGAAGAUAAUGAGGAAACUGAAGAAACCCCUGUCCCCGAACCACCCAAAAUCGCUCCAAUGUUUCGAAAAAAGGCCGGGGUGGUCAUUACGCAGAGUCCUGGAAAGUAUGUUAUACCACCUCCCAAACUAAAUAUUGAUAUGCCGGAUUAAAAAGUGAACUGGAAAAGGACAGACUUCUCCCCGUGAAAUCACAACUGGGUAUCUGUGGCCAACAUUUUUUUUUUUAAUUCAUGCCUUUGUCUUACUUUGUUUAUGGCUAGAGAUUUGGUCCUUGGUGGCUUGUAAUGUAGAUUUGUAUUAAUGUCAUUUCCUUCAGAAGCAUCCAUCUGCUUGCGUGCAAAAUGCCACACCCAUAAAAGUGGAAAGAGAACAGUAAUUCUGCCAAGGUUCACAAAUGGAAACCAUUGAGUCUCUGUUGACAGAACGUCAGUCUUGGGUUUGUGUUCAAUUCUGAGUGUCCAAGUCACCGUUCGCCACCGGUAAUACAGUUUCACGAUACCCCACCCCACCCCAAACUCUCCACCCUUCCACGUAGACAAGACCCACGAAGGCCUUUCGCACUCAAGCUGUCCUGGAGUGGGUUGUAUGUAUGUUGGAGAAACAGAAAGGAGGUUUCUGAUUUGUGAACCUUCCUCACUGGUGGAAGUCAUGCUCCCCUGUAUAUAGUAUUUAUAUGAACUUUUGGCAAUGUAAUAUAUUUAAAAAAAGUCUGUACAGUAUAAAUAUGUAAAAGUAUUUUUUAAAAGGCUGUAUGAAAUGCGUAAUCACUUGUGCGUGGUCUAUUUUGUGUCCCUCUCGGCUUCCAUUUCUGUUGAAGUACCGUACCCAAGGCUCCUCAUGCCUUUUGAUUUUCCCCUUGAACCAUGAAUGUUACUAUUCAGACGUGUCCUCGGGUAGGACUGUUGAUGCUUCUUCUUCCGCUACCGGAUUAAAUUGCCUUGAAAAAGGUAUGUAAAUUAUUCUGUAAAUAGCUGUAAUCUUUGUACCGUCAGAGGUGGGGUGGGGGGAGAAACUGCCGUCUUUCCAAAAAGUUGCCUUUCCACUUUUGUUAAAUGUUACCAUUGGGCAAUACUGAUUUCUCACACCCUCACUUUUUGCCUGUUCAAUAAAGCAUCCCCAAGUUUGCCGAGUUCUUUGUUUUUGUACG